GACGGCGUCAGCGUGGAGGUGACGCUGGCCAAACCGGCUGGGAUCAAAGACGGGAGCGUAGCCGGGAGGAGGUACAACAACAGGGGAUACCUGGGAAACAACGCAGCAGGAGGAGCCAACGGGACGUUUCUGCUGCACAGGAACGACGGAGGCGUAAUGGGAGGAGCUGUGGACGGAUGCUCUCCACUGAGAACACUGUCCACACGCCUGGGGAGCCCCUUCUACAGCGGAGAGGACACAGACAGGUGUGUGUUCCCCCUGUUUCCGGGCACCCCGCUCUCCCCCACCAGCCUGCUGUCCCUGAAGCAGAGUCAGAUCGGGUCCGCCGUCAGCCUGCUCGACUUCUACUGCCGCAAGAACUACUGGUCGCAGCCGGAGUACCACCUGUACUCCACGCCGGGACAGGACGGGAAGCUGCUGCUCCUGUACAAGGUGGUGAUCCCAUCGACACGAAGCACCUUCAUCCCCGACAAACUGUGUGCGCUGCUGGACGACGCCAAAGAGCUGGCUGCUCAGACCACGCUGUGGAACCUGGACUCGUCCUUCCUCAACGGAGCUUCCUGCGAUUCUCCCAGCAGCCCCUCUCCUCCGCUCGCCAUCAACUCCUCCUCCUCCUCCGCCAACAGUCCCGGGGUGAUGACCUGCGGCGGCAGAGCCUUCGCCUCCUGCCUCCCUCCUCCUCCUCCUCCUCCACCGCCCUCCCCCUUCCCACUCUCUCCUCUCUCCCCCCUCUCUUCUCUGUCAUCGCUGUCCCCUCCCACCCCCCAAUCACAGAGGCUCUACAUCAGCUCCCAGUCGCCUUUCUACUGACGGAGACCUCAGCGGCGACGGGAUGAUUCAAGGACAAGAAGGAGAAAAGGCAGGACUGUCUUUAUUAUGAUUACACCAGAUAUUCCCCAACGCAGUGUUUGUGUGAUGGGCCGCUGCCUCAGGCACAGACGGACCAACAGAAAACGUUUUUCCUUCCUCCCUUUAUUUUGAAAUGUUAUCUCAGUCAGAGAUGAGGGAGGGAGAGAAGGACAAUAUUUAGUUUCCGAUCAGCCACUCAGCUUCUUCUCUCUAUCACCUCUUAUUCAGAAAACUAAACCAAAAGAGAACAAAGAUAAACACAGUUUAGUUUCAUAAAGACACACUAACUGAUAAAAAGUCUCUCGACCUCUGUUAAAUGUCAGCCUCCUUCCCUUCAGCUAAAGAUCACCUUAAACUACCCAUAAUGCACAGCACGGACAAGACUAUCCAAUCCAUACAUAUAUAUGAACUUUUUAUACAACCCUACCUCCAAUUUAGGUGGGUUUUCUUACUUGUUGGGGCCAAUUUUCAUAGUUUUACAGUUGAAAUCAGUUUUAAGAAAAAGAAAGAAAGAAAAAAGUAGUUUUGUUUCCUAAAUCAAACCAAACUACAACUGAAUCCUGAAAAUAAAACGCCAACUAAGUCUAAAAUUUAGUCCACAUUAACUUCUGUUUUCAACUCAAACUAUAUUUCAACUAUAAAAAAAAUUCCUUUGUUUAUAGCUAAACUAUUUGGCUAUUCACAUCCGCAGACUGAUGCAAAUAGACUAAAAACAUCUGCUUUCACAUUGGACUCGAACCCCCAUCUCCCAGAGAAAGUCCGGUGUUUAAUGUGGACUUUUUAUAGCUGAACUAUUCAGUUUUUAGGUAUAAAAUAUAUAAUUUUUCUCAUGUGAGAACAAAGUUGGACAAAAAGUGUGAUUUACACUUUAAAUAAAGAGUGGAUCCUUUUCUCUGUGAUGAUUGAGACGAAAGAACCAAUCGUCUCCUCAGUGAGAAAAGUUUCACUACGAACAUUAAUGCCACCGUUUUUGGGAUAAAAUGUGUUUUGAGUUUUUGAUCCUCACUCAGGCUCAGUCUGGUAGUUUUGAGAGUACGGAGCUCCAUUAGAGUGAAUUACACAGGAAAUAACAGAAAAUGGAAAAGGAUUGAGAGAUUUAAAAAAAAAAACCACAGCCUUUUCCACGACAUUAGUCAGGUCUGAUUUCCAUUUCCUUUCAUCCUCCCAUUACACCACUCAUCUCUGGAGAGAGAGCUAAAAACAGAGGAAGGGGAGGAGGGCUGACUUCACUUUCUUCUUCUUCCAGCGGACUGUUUGUAGCUACUGAUCCCUUUCAUGUUCGUGUUAACCCGAGUUAUCUGAGGGACCAUAAAGGCAGAUUUUAGGCGUCCGUCCAUCCAGCUGAUUUCGCUAAACGUUAGCGGUCAUCUGAGGAGAACGGGAGUCCAGUUUUUCAUGUUUCCUAAUUGGCUGAAAAGACUCAACGUUGCGAGAAAGCCGAGACCGUUUGAGCCUCCGGUCAUCGGAGAAUGCGGGAAGUUGUUUACACGUUCCUCGGUUUGCUUGACCCACUUUACCACUGUGUUUUUGUUUUUAGGCUCCAGUAAUCUGAAGGAGGAAGAGAAAAAAAAGCCUUUGAGGGCAGAUUUAAGAUAUUUUUCCUUUAGAUUAAACGUACGGACCUCUGUUUUUGCUCCUAAUUUAAGCUCUCUGAGAAAACAGAAACAGAAAGUGGUUAUAACAACACCAUUAAAUGUGUUCUUCCAUGUUUCCUAAUUCGGCCAGUUUCAUGGUUUCCUCCUCGGGUUUUCACAGUCUGGUUCGGAAAGUUACAGGUAAAACAAAACGUUUGUUUUAUCAACUUUAAAUUCUACAAUCAAAAAUAUAUAUAUUAAAUACAUUCAAUUUGACUACUUCUGAGGCACCAAUAUAAAUAAAUGAAUGAGUAAAAAAAGAUUUGCCUUCCUAAAACUACUUUCAUUUUUUAUUUUUGAAAACUAAAUGUACAAGAAAUUGUAGUUUAAUGAGUAAAAAUAUGAAAAAUCAAAGUAAUUAAAAUAAUAAGAGACUUUUUCCUUUUGGUCUCUGAGAUCUGGAGGAUGAAAGCAGGAAGUGUCUUUAUUUCUUUAUCAGAGGAGAAGAAACGAGAAGCAGAGUGGACACGAGACACAGAACCAGAGUUUGGAGGUUUUUCCAACUCUGAAGGUUUUAUUGAUCUGUUUUAACUUGCCGCAGAUCAAACAGUUUAAAGGGCAAAUUAUUCUUCUGUGCCUUCAUGUAUUGUUUGUUUAUUGAUCUGUUCCGACCGAGCAGCCAAUGGAUGUUCUUGGUUAUUUUUGUCAGUUCGAGCCUCAAACACGUGUUGUAUAUAUAUUUAUACAAUGAAUGUUUUCUGUUCCUUUAAUCCAGUUUGUGUUUCAGUCUGCUCGUUCAAAGUUUCUGAAGGUUUGUUCGGUUUGUUUUCUGGCUGAUUAUAUUAAGUUCUUUAGGUAGCAGCUCAGUUUGAAUUCAGUUGAUAUCAGAGGAAGUUGAGGUGUAAUUUGUCACUUUAAAAGUCUCAAAAGUAAUUCGAGAGAGAGACUUAAAUUAUAGUUUGUAAUAUUUGUCCCGGUUGUCUUUUUUAUUCAGUGAACCAAUUCAACUCCUUUUAAUCUGUUUUUAAUUUUAAAUUGUGAUCGGUUUACUGAUGCAAAUCAAUCUGAAAAAAGUAAUAAUACAAUUAAAAAAAGGCCUAUUUAUUUAAGAGUCCACAGAACAAAACCUAAUCAAAGCCACAAAUCAGGAAAUAAAGAAAAUCUGUAAAAACUAACUCAGUAUUAAUAAAUAAACCCUAUUUAUUCAAACGUCAGUGUGAAACUUCAGUUAUAAAAUCUUAAAUGUCACACCCGCUUAAAAUGAAACAGAGAAUGAAGAGUUUGAUUAGAAAAUGAGAACUCAGCCUUGUCAUUAAAUUGUUAUUGUUGAUUUAUUUUUCUGUGAUUAAAUUUCAGCUUGUUUUGUCUUUUGGAAUAAAACU